AUGUGGAAUGGGCACUGUGUGUCCGUCAGUACCCCAUCGGACACACACACACUCGGCAGAGAGAGAGAGAGAGAGAGAGAGAGCAGCGUGAGAGGAGAGAGGAGGCAGCCAUACCUCCGACCGGCCGUCCCCACCACCGGAGCAGCAUCACCUCCUGCCGCCAUCACCACCAACCGAGCCCACCUCCAGCCGAGCUCCAUCCGCCGAUCCUCCAACCGGCGCCGCUCGUCCUCUCAUCAUCACCACCAAGCUCUCAUCAUCAUCACCACCACCACCGAUCAGCACCUCCCACCACCGAGCAACCCAUCACCAGCCGGCCAUCACCGCCACUGGAGCCAUCUCCACUGCCGUGCUCACCAUCACCACCGCCCGAGCUCCGAACCGCCGCCGUCUCUUUCCAAACCCCGUUUUGCCGGACGAAAGGUACCGAAGAUGGAACAGAAGUGUUCGUACGAUUCGAUCAAGUUCAACCCUAAUGAGGAAGAAGCUGAAAACCUUGGUUUCCGUACACAUAGUCGCUCUGAUUAAUUUAAGUCGACUUUAUUUUGGAAGCUUCUAAGUUUAUUUGGAAAUUGUAAUAUUUUGAUUUAUUUAAAACGAUUGUAAUAUAUUGACAUAUGCUUUUGAACUAGUGACGUAGUAAAUUUAUAAAUUUCUUUUGUGGAAA